UGCUGGGAAGUUCGUUUUCUUUUUAUAAUCACCGAAGAGCAUCAGGGCGACCAUUUUCAACUCCAAGCCGUGUCUCCGUUGAACCCAAAACCCCAAUAAUUAGAAAGAUUUGGUGCACAGUGGAAUGAUGGAAUCCAAUAGAAAAUCCCCCCCAAAAAAGAGAAUUGGACAAAAGUGGAUGAAAGAAGAGAGGAGAAGUAAUUGGUGUGAAGGGGCGAAGUGAGAAAUGGAGAGGAUACAGAGCAAGUGGAUAGCUACAUUAGCGAGCAUAUGGAUCCAGUGCAGCAGCGGCUCACUCUACACUUUCAGCAUCUUCUCUUCGGCUCUCAAAUCAAGCCAAGGUUACGACCAAUCAACGCUCGACACCGUCUCUGUUGUCAAAGACGUCGGAGCCACCGCCGGUGUUCUCUCCGGCUUCCUCUACUCCGCGGUCACCGUCCCCCACCGCAGCCGCCGCUCCUCUUCUUGCUUUCUUCGUGGCCCAUGGGUGGUUAUCGCUGUGGGGGCGAUCCAGUGCUUUGCGGGCUAUUUCUUCUUAUGGCUUUCUGUCGCCGGAGUCAUUCCCCGGCAGCCGGUGCCGCUCAUGUGCCUCUUCAUGUUCCUGACGGCUCAUGCUCAGACCUUUUUCAACACGGCUAACGUGGUCACCGCUGUUCACAACUUCCCUGAUUUUAGCGGCACCGUUGUUGGCAUCAUGAAGGGUUUUCUUGGUUUGAGUGGAGCAAUAUUAAUUCAAUUAUAUCAGGCAAUAUUCAAGGGAAACCCUGCCUCAUAUCUUCUCAUGCUGAUGCUGGUGACCACUGUCAAUCCUCUGUUGCUCAUGUGUUUGGUCAGAAUCUAUAAUACAAAAGAAGGAGAUGAGAAGAAGCACCUGAAUGGUUUAUCAUUGGUUGCUUUAGUUGUAGCUGGUUACCUGAUGGCCUUAAUAAUCUUAGAGAACAUCCUCACUUUGCAAUUUCCAGCACGCCUUUUUACCCUUGUUCUUCUGCUGCUGCUGCUUGCCGCGCCUCUUGCUGUUACAAUUAAAGCCCAGCAGAGCAACUUUGAUGGAACUUCUCAAACUUUCUUGAUUGAGAAGAACCAAUUAAUAGAUGACCCAAAACAAUUGGAUGCCGAGAAAAUAGGUAAAGGGCAAGAUCCUGCUGGAUAUCAUUUGGUGCAUAGUGAUGCUGAACAAGAGAGAAAUACUGAUGAUAAUAGGGUUUUACUCCAGGGAGAAAACCUGAAUCUGUUGCAAGCCAUUGGCACCUGUAACUUUUGGUGUUUGUUUCUUGCCAUGGCAUGUGGGAUGGGUUCAGGACUUGCCACAGUGAAUAACAUUGGCCAAAUUGGAGGAGCAUUUGGUUACAAAAGCUUUGAGACAAGUACUUUAGUUUCUUUAUGGAGCAUUUGGAAUUUUCUUGGUCGUUUUGGAACUGGUUAUGUAUCAGACUAUUUCCUGCAUACAAGAGGAUGGGCAAGGCCAGUAUUCAUGGUCAUCACUCUUGCAACCAUGAGUAUUGGUCAUUUUGUUAUUGCUUCUGGUAUGCCUGGUGCUCUUUAUGCUGGUUCAGUAUUAGUGGGUGUAUCUUAUGGUUCACAAUGGUCACUAAUGCCCACAAUCACUUCUGAGAUAUUUGGUGUACAGCAUUUGGGCACCAUAUUCAACACCAUUGGCAUGGCGAGUCCAGUUGGAUCUUAUAUUUUCUCGGUGAGGGUGGUUGGCUACAUUUAUGAUAAAGAAGCAUCAGCAGACGGGAAUAAAUGCACAGGAACUCACUGCUUCAUGGUAUCUUUUCUCAUUAUGGCAUCAGCUACCCUGUUGGGGUGUUUUGUUGCUUUGAUAUUGUUCCUCCGAACUAAAAGCUUCUACAACCAAGUUGUACUACGAAGACUGCAACAUCCGGGUAGAGUGUAAAAAGUGUCCUAAGUGUUCAAGAAAUGUGUGCGAGGGUGUAAUUGCUAGAUUGCUUUCUUUUCCAUGUAAACUGCUUGUGGUUGUUAAUAAAAUAAUUGCUUGAUUGCCCUUUCUGAGAAA